AUGGAGUUCGAGAGCAAGACUCUCAUUAUCAUUCUUGACGAAGCAAAGGUGUACCAGUCAAUGUACACAAAUAGUGAGGUGUACAACAUCCUUGGGAAAGAAGUGUGCAUAGUACAAGAUAUUGCGCUAGCCAAAGGUGGAACUGAAUCCAUUGUUGAGAGCUUUUACUCAACAAUGGCUUCACAGUCAUUGCAAGGGGGACAGUCCAAUGAGGUCCUGACACUCAGGUGGGUUAUUGAGAUUUUAAAAAAGCACAUUUUUGUUGCAAUAAGAACAUGUUUACAGCUACUGAUAGGGGACUCGCUUGUUGUUUUCAGGACAAAGAUUGAUUGGUGCUUCCCGCCAGUGAUCCAGCUUGAUACUGCAAUAACAGAAAUUGCAAAGAUAUACAUAGAUGGAGACAAGCAAUUGAAAUUGAAAUCUCAUAUGUGCCCG